AUGUCGGGUCAACAGAAGCGGACGACUCCUAAGAGCGGUACCACCGCUCUGAAAGAGGAUAGCAUCACUGAAAAAUACUGGAAGCUGAUCCUGUUAGCAGGAAAAGAGGUGUCUAUGGGGGCAAAUAGGGAGCCUUAUCUUAUCCUGAAAAAGGAUGGUUAUGUGUUUAACGGGCAUGGUGGUUGUAAUGCUUUUGGGGGUACCGAAUUAUAUUGCGGCGAAAUGGCUGACGAAACGGGAUUUUUAGCAGCACUCUCCGCCACUGAUCGUUAUGCUGUUGACGGUGACACGUUGACGCUUCGGGAUAUUAAGAAGGUUGCCCUGGCCAGGUUAGUGGUGGUACACUUACACUAA